UCUGAACAUUUGCAAAGUCUUUAUCGUGCCAAAGGUGAACUACGUUUAGCCUCUCAUGUAACGCACCACAUUCAUGCUCAAAACGUUUCGGGAUUGAUCCUGUUAUCAUUAUUUCAAUUACAGCAGUGGGGUUACAGUGAUGAUGGUGAUGGUGAUGGCAUCAUCUUAUUCCAAAAGACUGAACGAUCUUAA